AUGAACUGCCCGCCCCGAACAAGAUAUUCGGUGCUGGUUCUCGCCUGCUUGCUGUCUUGCACCGUUGCGGAAGGCGGUGACGAAGUCGGAGAUCCUUCAAUUCAUCGCCAUCUCCGACCAAGACCCGAGCCCGAGUCCGCCACCUCAGAGCAGCUCGGAAACCGCGAACUCAACGUCUUCGGUCGGGAUGGACGACAAGAGGUGACCGACCCAAGCGGGUAUCCGUACAGCACCGUGGGCUUGUUGACCUGGAAUGACGACGUCACGUGCACGGCGACGCUGGUGGCGACAAACAUCGUGCUGACGGCAGCAGAAUGCGUCCUCGACUCUGACGGUGAGCUGCGUGGCGAUUCUUCAGACUCCUCCACUUUCAGCCUGCCUCAAGCGACGGAAGUUCGGACGUCGUUGGUGUCCCGAGUCCAUAAGCAGUCGGACUACUGGACCAAGUGGACCAAAAACACGUACGUGCUGGUUGAGCUCGACGACGAUCUUGGCAGUGUGAAUGGUGUGCUACAGUUGCCAACGGCAAAUUCGUUCGCGGAAGACGCUCCCAUGAAAGUUCAGCUUGUCGGCUACGGGGGCGACUUCGAAUCCGAGAGUUUCCAGCGCUGCAAAAUACACUUCCCCAGUGAGUUUGACGGGCCGGAUUAUAUGCUCCAUCACGACUGCGACGUGUCCACAAAGCGUUCGCCGGGAUCACCGAUGCUAAUUCGCUCCACAGCUCUCGACACGUACAUUAUGGGGAUCCACACGAACGCAAUCGGAGACGACCAGAUCGAGGAGGGAGUCGACAACGUUUAUCCGUCGUACAAUGACACCGUUGCAAAUCGAGGUGUACUUGGCUCGUUCGUCGAGCCUCACUUGUCAUUCCUGCUAGAGCAGACCGAAUCGUCGUCAUCUUCAUCGGAAGCAUCUUCCGCGUUUGAAGGAAGUAGCUCCGAGAGCGACACCUCUACGUCUUCAAGCAGCGACUUCGUUUAUAGCUCAGCGCCAAAUGGUGGUAGCAGUCAAGGACAGGACAACCAAGCUGACGCAGGCGCAAGCGCAGCCCUGGCUCCACCAUCCGCCUCGUCAUCCUCGGCAGAAAUCUCGGUGGCAGCACCACACCUCGGCAUCGCAGCAACAGCUGCAUACUCGUGCAUUGGCCUGGUUUGUGCAUCCUGGCUGGCCAUCAUAUUUGUUGCCGCUCGCAGAAUCCGGUCGAAUCGCUGA